UGCACAUUUUGAUUUAAAGUUUAGAUCACUUUAAUGGCAGAACUCAUCCAGACAUUUUAUGCACUUGGUUUUUUUACGUCAUUCUGCCUAGGGAUGCCUUGUAAACACAUUUCCCCCCCCCAGCGCCAUGUGUGCUGAGAGAGCUGUGACAUUAUCUCCUGCGGAGAUCCCCAUGUUGUUCUAGCCUGUGUCUGUGUUUUGAUUCAGACAAUAGCUGGGCAUACAUGGGCUCCCGACAAUGACCAGAGGACCACCAAAAUAAGGGAAGCCUGCAGAUACGUAGUAAACACAGUAGCACCAAUGAAACUUUGGAUUGAAUUGAAAGGUUGAUUCCCAGAGAUGGAUGUAAUUUUCUUCUCCAGACAUUGGUAUAUGCCAAGAGAGACUCCUAGGAAGCUGUUUCUGUGUUCCCCUAAGCAAUGGUUGCCUAAAAUGUAUUUAUUGAAAGGUAACAGCACUCAGUCAAUUUAAUCUGAUCUCUCGGGCUGAAAUAGGAGCCAUAUGCUGCAUACUUAUUUGAUCUCCUGUAAGAAUCUGUCAAAAAAGAAGAGCGUUGUGCUUUGCCACUUUAACCACUUCGUAUGGUGUCCUACCUUGCGUCCUCUAUGCUCCAUGCCCUUGUAAGGACAGCUUGUGCCCUCAGCUUCCUGGUGGCAACCCUCAUUAGAAUCAGGAGAUGAGGCCACAGACUGGCAGGGAAAUACACCUUUGGGAUAGAUGCCUGCCACAGCACUAAUGCUACCCUGCUAUAGGUUUACUGACGGAAUACAGCUUUUUUUUAUCUCUACUUCUGACUGUUACCUACCCACUACUUUCACCAAACAUGAGUGAUUGGAAAAGGAGAGCUAAACGGGUUGUCCUACCCUCCCAGAGGCUGUAUUGAUUUUCCUCCAGUCAGUGUUCAUUUGACUGAAACCCAGCUAUGUGAGAGUAAAGUGAAAGAGAGUGUGCUAGAGAGAGUAUUGAGCUCCAUUAACUGAGGGAGGCUGCAGACACCUGAUGUAGAGUGGGUGGGGGGCAGACAGUUCUCCAGUUUCAGGCCAGCUGCCUUAUGGGUGGCACACCACAAACCUGACCCACCUGGAUAGCACCCAGAACAAUGAACCAGUCUGAACUGACAACGGACCCGGUGCUCACUGCCAACAGGAGCCAUGGAGACUUCUUUCCUGGCAGGGCCUCCAACCACUCAUGUCCCUUAGGCUGGGGACUGAAUGAAGGCCUAGAGGCUUGCGUCCUGGAGACUGCCGUCAUCGUACUUCUGACUGUGCUCAUUAUUGCAGGGAACUUGACGGUGAUCUUUGUGUUCCACUGUGCCCCUUUGCUACACCACUACACCACCAGCUACUUCAUCCAGACCAUGGCCUACGCUGACCUGCUGGUAGGUCUUAGCUGUCUGGUACCUACCCUGUCUCUGCUCCACUACCCAGCAGGUGUCCAGGAGCCCAUCACAUGCCAGGUCUUCAGCUAUGUCAUCUCUGUUCUGAAGAGCGUUUCAAUGGCCUGCUUGGCCUGUAUCAGUGUGGACCGUUACCUGGCCAUAACUAAACCACUAUCUUAUAACCAACUGGUGACGCCAUGUCGGCUACGAGGUUGCAUCACCCUAAUCUGGGUCUACUCCAGCCUGGUUUUCCUGCCCUCCUUCUUUGGGUGGGGUAAGCCAGGAUAUCAUGGGGACAUUUUUGAGUGGUGCGCUCACUCUUGGCCCACCUCUGCCCUCUUUACAGGCUUUGUGGUGUGUUUGCUGUAUGCACCUGCUGCACUUGUGGUUUGCUUUACCUAUUACCAUAUCUUUCGCAUUUGCCAGCAACACAACCGAGAGAUCAGUGAACGGCGGGCACGUUUCCCCAGCCAGGAGAUGGAGGCUGGUGAUGGGGGUGGCGGUGGGCAUCACGGAGGGCAUGGACCAGAUCGUCGCUAUGCGAUGGUGCUCUUCCGCAUCACCAGUGUUUUCUAUAUGCUUUGGCUGCCCUACAUAAUCUACUUCCUGCUCGAGAGCUCCCAUGUGCUGGAUAGCCCUGCCCUCUCCUUCAUCACCACCUGGCUGGCCAUCAGCAACAGCUUUUGCAACUGUGUCAUCUACAGCCUGUCUAAUAGUGUGUUCCGACUGGGCAUGCGUAGGCUCUCGCAGACGAUGUGCUCCUUUAGCCACUGUGCGGCAGAUGACAGGGACUUUGGGGAGCCUAAACCAAGGAAGAGGGCAAACUCGUGCUCCAUCUGAAGGAAUGACUUUUACAGGACGAGGAUAGUCCUGGAAUCAUCAAAUGGAAAAUAUGAAUCUUAACAAGCUUAGCAGCUGGUUAACUUUCACUUAAACUGGCAGGGCUCAACAAAGCGGAAAACAGUUUCUGUUGUAUCAGCCUGUCAUCUGACACUAGUGACAUUGCCUUGGUCACAAUAAACUAUGGUUUAUUGCAUUACAAGCUUUUCAAGAAGAUGGGUGCAGUGUCUAAACAGAGAGUUUUAAUGAGACAGGCACUCUGUGAUGGCUUUUAUUCUAUAGUAUGUGACUUAGCUGUGGAUCACGUAAAACGUAGGCUCCCUGUGGCUUUCAUAGCCUUUAUAUCUCAAUGUAUGUCAUCGUUCAGGACACACAUAGUAGGAAGACAAAAAUUGUAAACUGCAAAAGAUUCACAAAUAUUUCCUCAGACAUUAAAUGUGACUACAUAUUUCAUUCCUGUUAAAAAUUUGUUUGUGGUUGUAAAAUGGAUCAACCUUAUAUUCGGUGUCUCCGUACUUUCUAUCACUGUCAUUAGCAGACACAAGAUAACCUAUACUUACUUGUGCUCACAAACCUGUUUAAAGGUUGUAAAUGGAUAUUUGACUUUUUAACUGAAUAAACACACAGUGACAUUGACAACAGCCAUUAUGCUGCUGAUAAAUACCAGAUGAUGUAUGGCCUUGACUGUUUUCUGAGAAGUGAGCAGUCCAUUUCCGAUGAAGUAUUUUUUGAUGACUGUACAUUGUUUACAGUCAUCAGAAAAUACAGGUGAACUGGAGACGGAUGCAAAAAAAAUGAUGUACUGGUCAGAUGUUCUGUCGCUCUUUUUCUAUUAGAAUGAUUGGCUAAUCACUGACCCGAUAAUUUUGAUAAAGAUGUUUACUUAGACCUUCUGCAAAAUAUGGUAAAACUACAACAUAGCUCUGUGCAGAUAGUAACCCUAACCCAAAACAUACAUCUAUACAUUACAGCAUUAGACCAAGGAAACUAUCUAAACUUGUAAAAGAAUUGUUGAAACCUUAAACCCUCCAAAACCUAAAUUAAUAAAGUUUUCUCUGACUUAGCUUAAUUACUAAUCCAUAAUGUUGAUGGCAAAAGUUUCAACGCAUUUAUAGUCCGAACCUGCAUCAGAUUUUCCACGAAUGACAUGCUGCUUCCACUGUUGACUAAUUUAAAUAUUAACUGAUUAUGGUUGGUCACCACUUAAUUGGCACCCCUACCAAAAAGCCUUUAUUUUCCAAAUUCAGACAAAGGUUGUGUCAGGUUGAUUGAUUUGAUUUUGAUUGACUGAGGUCUCUAUACUGAGGACAGUAGACUGAAGUUCUCAGCAAACAUCCAACACAGAAUUUUCUCCCAAGGACCCCCCCCCCAGAAGUGUUCAUGACAGCCGUUUUGACAAGCGAUUAAAUAUUACAUCCUUCUUUCCCUGUGUAUGGAAUUUGCAAAAUAAAAUGCUAUUAUGUAAUUAUAAAUGUUAUAUUAUUUAUAGAGCUAAAGGAAGUUAAAUUUGCAACAUUUUACUUCAGACACCAAAUUCUGUGAAUGAGCUGUCUUGCGGAUAUCCUUAUUUUUAGAUCCUGGUUGUUGCUUUUAACCCACUCACUUUUUGUACCUACUCGGCUGAGUAGGUACAAAACGUGAGGUGGCAGAAUAGACCCGAGGAUGCAGCCUGGUUUUAGGUGUUUUUACAUCAUUGACUUAGUUAUAGCUCCUGAAGUUUAUAGUGGAUUUCAUUUCCAAGCAGGAGUGGACGGUCUCGGGUUAAUGUGAUCUGAUCUGUCUGGAGGACGCUGUGAGGUUAAAACUUAACUGCUCUGAAAUUACAUUCUUAGUUGUGUUAAGGGUUUAAGGCUAUCAGUAGCUCAUCUUGUGACGGUUUGUUAAACUACGGGCCGGACAAUCCUCAUUACUUUUAUAUUUGGCCCAUUCUCUUUCAGCUGUACCAAUUCUGUUGCUGAUAAACGUAAAUGUUACUGCCCUCAAACUACAGGCCUGAAUGUGGUCCAGACUUAAUGUGCACAUUCCAGUUUGGUAAAAUCUGAAGACUGUUUCCCGGUCUGGGGCUUUUGAUAUACAAAGCGAAAAGCUAGUGUGUUGAUAAGGAACCUAGAGACUGCCUUUGGUUUUGAUUUUCAUUGUUCACAACAGCAUAGUAGUAAUGUUAUUCCAGUCAAUUUACCUUGUACAUUCCCUUGAUAAGUGUCAACACAUGAUUCAUGUCACAUGAAUACAGCCAUGUACUAUAGCCAGUGACUUAUACUGAUUUCCCAAUUUGCUCAUGUUCUAAUGUCAUCUGUGGUUUCGGCCUUGCUUCUAAUGUAUAUAUGUCCAUGCUGGAAACCAAGUAACACAGCAAACCCAGCUCUUGAUUUUGUAACUGCAUUCUAUGCUGCUUAACAGUACUCCGUGUAAGUCAUUCCUCAUUUUAAAGCUGCAUGAAGUGAUGAUUUUCACUACUAGGGGCAGAAAGACUCUAAUAUAAUAAGCCUUUUAGCUUAUUAUAUUUAGUGGCAUGUUAGCAAGCGGUUUGCUACUUACACAUCCAGCAGAAACAGAGCUACAUGAGUAUUUAAUUCCAGGGUCUUUCUGGCCACCUGAUGAAUGUAAGUAAUUCUUUUGGAUUUUUUAACCAAGGUUUGGUAAACCAACAUCACCAACAUUUUUUUUCUCUUUUGGUUCAUCUGCAUAGUCUACUUUCUAUACCAGCCACUCAUUUACUUUUGCUCUCUGCAGUUUCAUAUGAAGGCAGGUAGCCUACGGUCAACUUGAAAUAAUCAAGCUAGGAAUGGAUUAUACAUACGUGCUUGCAUUGUUUUGGUUUUGUUGGCUCGACAUUCAUAAUCAGGAAUUGUUUGAUUCAGUGUUAAUAAAAAAUGUUGCUUUAUGCAGAUUUAAUGCAUUACAGAUUGUUCUGUAAACGUGCCUAAAGAUGUAUUUUGUAGGAAAAGUGAAAAAAAGAUGUUAAGGAAGUGAUUAUUGUUACAUGGACAUGCUGCACUUUUAAGAAACAUUUUCCAACUACAUAAACAUAUCUUGUGACCGUGUACGCAUCUGAAGGUACAUUGUCAUUGGAUUUAGUUUUUGACUUUGAGAGAAGUUCAGAGGAGUUUCUACUUGAACCAAGAAUGGGCCAAGUCAUUCAUUAAUCACGUUUGAUCUGACUUCUGCCUUUAAGUGGGUACAUGUUCUACUAUCUGACGUCUACAUUGUAUCUGUAAGAUAAGAGGAGACAGCAGAUUUUUCUAUGUCUUGUGAAUUCCCUUCUAUAGCCACAUGACCUGGCAUAUAUGAGGAGUAACAGUAGGAAACCACAGCAUAGUUGUGUCAAAUACUAGACUUAUGAUAAUAUUUUUUUAAUUUUGAUAGCUUAUGCUUUUGUGCUCCUUUGGAGCAUAGUGCAGUCGGGUAGUAGAGAAAUUUAUAGGAUCUGAGUUAGUGCUGUAUUAUCUUCACAGUGUGGUGACAAACGACAGCAACAUAUAAGACAAGAAAAUACAAAAUUCUGUAAUCAGCUAAAAUAAAAUAGCUCUGUUCUUACCAUAUUAUAAUAACAAUGAUAAAAGCUGGAAUAUUCCAUUCAAGUGGAGAUUACAGUAUUUGGUCAGAAAUUGCACAACUAUUUCCUUUGGUGGGCUUUUUGUAGUGGGUUAUGUGAAUUGCGUGUCUUGGCUCGAGGUUUCAAAUAUCCAAGAGUCACUGAAUGAAUAUUUAAAAAAAUAAAUGGUUUAUAUAUGUCUGUAUUACACUGACCAAACUGAAGUGGUAGAAAAACAAAACUGUUAUCUUGUUUAAACAAGUUGUCUUACUUUCAAGUGCAUUGAUCGGAGAGUUUAAUUAAAUACAGAAUAAUAUGUAUUCAUUUAUUAAGUUAUGUUUAAACUUUACACAAUAUACUGUAUAUGAGUAUACUGUAUAUAAAGUGUGUGUGUGUGUCUGUUUUUAAUCUGCUGUACAGCCAAAAAAAAUCAGACAAAUUCUGACUAAGGUAUGGCGCACCCAUUUGUGUUAAAUUAACUAGGCUGCUGAUGUUUUCAAUAGGAGGCAGAGUGUGUUAAAUUACACAGUAUCUAUUUUUUUAUUUUGAAAUUUUGUCAAAGGCUAUGGUUUUGUUGUUGCUGCCAACCCAAU